AUGGAGCGAUCGAAACCCCAAGCCUUUCAAUCGUCUUACGCGCCUCGCCUGCGCGCCUACAACAACUCUCUUCUGACGCCCGUGCUGCCGAGCGCCCCCUCGGGACCCCUCUCCAGAACGACGAAGCGAGGCACCACCAUCAUCAACUACGCCGAGGAUGGUUACGAUGACUUGGAAGAGGACAGCGACGACACCCGCCGCCGACCGACUGGCUUAAGAAGCCUGCGCAAGGAAGAUUCCGCAUCCAGACAAGAUCUAGCCGACAAGGCUGGCAAAGACACCAAGGAGCCGGUGGAAGUUCAAGGCAUCUGGCGAGACUGGAUGGGCAAGAAUCGAGCACUGAAGAGCGAUCAACAAAAUGCUGCGCAAGCAAGUCUCCCUCUCACCCUGAUUCCCAUACGAAUUGAUCUCGACAUACCGGCGUUUGUUCCCGCCGCCGCCUUUCCCAUUCCAAACACCACUGCGGUUGACAGCACUCUUCCGCAAUAUCGACCGGGUGAGAUGACAGUGCCGUACAAGCUCAGAGACAUAUUCUGCUGGAACCUGCACGAAACACUCGUCACGACUGAUCAAUUUGCGCAGACUCUGGCCCAGGACUUGGACCUGCCCAACCGCAGUCUCGUGGUUGCCGAGAUAAGCAAGCAAAUUAGAACCCAGCUGGAGGAGUAUGCAGGGGUCGCGCUUCAUCCUUUGUUUCACACGGAGCAAAAUACGCUGGCAGCAGCGCCGGUGCCGGCGCCGGCGCCGGCGCCACCUCCCACAGGCGGUUCCCACGGCACUGCCAUGGGAACGCCAAGGCCGAGUCUGAUGAUGAAGUCGAGAGAAGACUCGCCGGCGUCGAUGGCGAGACCACUGUCACGACCGGACACUCCUGCUCGAGGCGGCGCCGGCCCAGCAACCCCGUCGCAGGUCGCAGCGCCGAACGUUACGGCGGACGCUACACCGAUCCCGCCCGAUUCUGACGACUACAACCCCGAUGAUACCUACCGUUGCAUCAUCAACCUCAGCCUCAACUUGUCAUCCAUGUUGUACACGGACAAGUUUGAGUGGUCACUACUUCACCCCCCGGGCACGGCGGAAGCCUUUGCAAAGACGACUUGCGCAGAUCUGGGUUUGACUGGCGAAUGGAUACCGGCCGUGACCCACGCCAUUUACGAAGCCGUUCUGCGGCUGAAGAAGGAGGCCUGCGAAGCCGGCGGCUUGGUUGCCGGUUGGGGCGGGCUACAGCAAGACCUGCCCAACGACGCGGCCCUCGGUACGGAAGCCGGAUGGAGAUAUGAUCCCGACCACCUGGCAGAUGAGUGGGAGCCAAAGGUUGAAUUCCUGAGCAAAGAGGAAAUCGAAAAGCGAGAGGGCGAGCGGGAGCGAGAAGCCCGCCGACUGCGUCGCGAGACGGCGCGAUUCAGCUCGACGGCCGGCCUGCUGGGAGGCACACCCUUCGGCGCCCCUGCCGAGGUGGAGGAGGAGAGGAUGGGCCGCGGCGAACGGUCAAAGAAGAAACGGCGCUUCAGAAGCCUCAGCCCGCUGAACCGCAGCGGAACGCCCGGCGGUCGCGGCACCCCGGACGUCGGCGGCUACGGCGGCGGAGGCGCACUGACAGACUUGGAGAGGCAGACAUGGAGGUGCACACACUGCCGAGUAUGGGGAACCAGCGUCUGGGCAGUCCGCGACGGUCCUGCCGGCCCCAAGUCUCUGUGCGCAAACUGCGGGUAUUUGUACGAGCGCGAUCGCAAGCUCCCUCGCCAAACGAGAAACCUGCACGUGCAAGACCCCCGAGCGGCCUAG